UAAAACUUCAGCGACAGCGAAGUCUAGUAUAAAAUUGAGCGCACAAUCAUUAGAAUGGUGGAGAAUUUCAGCUGAAGCUGAGUUACAACAAGUUGCAAUAAAACACCACUGUUUACCACGAACCCCCCUGUGGUUUUUCCUGGAAGUCCGGAUACGUUUUCUGUAUGAAAUUGUGAAAGUAAAUGCUAGCGCUUUGCGCUUUGAUCUGCUGUUGAUGCAAAGAGGGCUAUAAUAUUUUGCCUUAUCGUUAGUUAAAGACCACGCGAGUUAUACGAAUAAUGCCUUGGACACCUGGCCAGCGAAAUCGUCUGGCGAUGGAAAAAAAUAUUUUAGAAAAGUACUUUCCUGGGCGAGUUCAGUGGAUAGAACCACAAGGUGACACAAAAGUUGAAGUUUCGCUCAACACGAAUAAUGGUCAUCAAUACCGCGUGAGAAUAUAUUUGAAGGCCGCUGAUGGAAGUACUUCAGACUUCCCAAAUUCUGUGGCAUAUAUGGUAGUUUGUUCCUCACCAAAACCGAUGCCAAAGUGGGGAGUUGAUGCUUAUAACCAUACCCUGGGGUACCGCGAUAACUUUGUAAAGAUUUGUCAUUACCGUGGAAGUUGUUGGACUGACCACUCCACUCUUUACGAGGUCGCGGUGAAAGGAAGAAUUUGGUUGGAGGCUUACGAGGGACAUUUGAGGACAGGGAAACGCCUUAGUGAAUUUCUUGGCGAGAUGUUAAAUUAGAGAAAAUGGUCAAAGAGGGACACUAGAUAUAAGAUAUCUUUCCAUAUACAUAAAGUUUUAUAAAGCAGUAACACUUACGAAAUAUCUCGCUUCUUGCACACAAAUUUGCACCGCAGAUAAUUUACAAACUGACAUCAUGCACAAGACGGUGCUAGUUUAAAUACAUAUAUCACAAGAAAGAUGCUAAUUUAUAGAUCACAAGAAAUUGAUUGUUAAAUAAAUCAUAGUAGAAACUGCUAUAGUUUAUAGUUUAAGCACAGUUUAUAGUUUAUACACCCUGCUGUCGUUAAACAAAUAAUUAAUUUCGUUUUUAUAUCCCUUUAUAGCAUAGUAUCUGAACUAUCAGCAGUACAAGCAACUACAAUAGUCGGUAGAUAACAUUUUACAAACGAUUGUAACUCUUAACCUCUAUUAGAAGCAAGGAACAUCGUCAUAUUUUAGCCCAUGGGCUAUAAAACUAUAAUAAUCGUGCAUGUUAGAUCAGUGGUAUAUACAAUUGAAGACUAAAGAUAUGUAGCUAUAGACUAUACGAAGUUAAACCUAGCCUAACUAACAAAGUAUAUAUAUUUUGUAUAUAGCUUUUUUUAAA